AUGGAGCCUUACUUGACGCUUGAUCACGUGACCCCCACUGAGCUUUCUUUCUUUCUUUCUUUCUUUCUUUCUUUCUUUCUUUCUUUCUUUCUUUGUCUUUUUGCAUCUCACUUACUUCCAAGUUUCUCUUUCUUUCUUUCUUUGUCUUUUUGUACCACACCUCCUUAUUUUUUCUCUGUCUUUCUUUCUUUCUUUCUUUCUUUCUUUCUUUCUUUCUUUCUUUCUUUCUUUCUUGCUUUCUUUCUUUUCUCUUUCUUUUUUCUUACUGCUUUGUCAUUAUUAUAUGUAACUUCCUCCCAAAGUUCUUUCUUUCUUUCUUUCUUUCUUUCUUUCUUUCUUCUCAUUACUUCACUCUGUUUCUUUCUUGCUAGAUCAACCCUUUACUUAUUCACCCCUAGACCUGACGUAAAAGAACCCCACUCGGCAUUUUCCGCUUUGCCUCGCUCAACAACCACCAUCCUCUGA